AUGUUGGAUCCAGUAAAGGAACUGACUGAGUCGGAGGGCACCGCGAGUCUUGCUCGCUCUCAUGAAGAGAUUGACAAGAAUUCGGAUUUCAAGAAUCCGGGUUCUAUGGAGUCUGCGGAUCCGCGAAAAUGGAGCUCAACGCGAAAGACGCUACUUUUUAUUGCGUUGAUGUCGAGUUCUCUACUUGCUGAUGGUGCGAUGGUCUGGGGUUCUACCCUAGUGAGCGAACAAGCAGUAGAUUGGAAUACCACAGCAACACACGCCGCCACGAGCAUGAACUAUGGCAUCCUGCUUCAAGGUUUUGGUGGAAUAUUUGCUGUCCCAUUAAUUGAGGCCUAUGGACGAUUUCCCAUUUGGAUAUGGCCUCAAGUUAUAACGAUGUUCAUGGUACUGGGGGCUACACUCUCACAUGAUUACUCGACAUUCACAGCAUUUCGAUCUCUACAAGGUCUAUUUGGGACCGUGCCACAGGUGAUCGGAUUGCCGAUCAUUCAUGAUCUAUAUGAGCCAAAUGAAUGGCCUCGAAUGAUUAAUAUCUGGGGAACUACUUUCUUAGUUGGUCCAUUUCUCGGUCCUGCAAUAGCAGGGUACAUCGAUGUAGGAACCAACUGGCGCAUUUCCUUUGGUAUCUUAACAGCAUUAUACGGUUUAUCAACCGCAAUGGUCCUCCUAUUCGGUCGUGAAACAUACUACAUACCCGGUCAACGAAGCUCUUCUCGAUUAGGGUCAUACUUUGGAAUCGGAAACACGGGUUUACCAAAGCGCUCAACCCUGCUUGCGUGGUCUUGGACUCUUGUAGUCUACAUCUUCAAAUUCCCACUCCUAUUCACAGGAUUCGCCGUUCUGGUAACAUUUACCUGGCCGAUUGGAAUCACAACCACCAUCGAUACCUUUCUCCACAGUCCCCCUUAUCUCUUCAACACAGUCGAUGCCUCCUCAAUGCGUUUUGCAGGUGUGAUAGGUGCACUAUGCGGCUGGCUAUUCGGUCACUUUUUCAAUAAGUGGAUUUAUCACCGACGCUCUUCCACGUGGUGCACCGAGUAUCGACUCCACGGCGUCUGGUUUUCAAUCGGGAGCAUGGUAGCAGGUCUACUAACAUACGGACUAACGAUGAAUUUCGGGAAGCAUUGGAUUGGUAUUGCAUUUGGAUGGAUUAUGGUUAAUAUCGGUAUGGUUGGAACAAUUGUCGCCAUCACAGCUUACGCACUCGAAAAAUAUCCCGACCAGUCUACAUCUGUCUCCGCAAUCCUGAAUAUGUGGCGUACAUGCGGUGGAUUCGCCGUGGGGUAUUUCCAGCCCGCGUGGAUCACACGGAACGGAGUGGGACUGGUUUUUGGGAUUCAGGCUGCAGUGGUUGUUGUUGCGAUUAUAUUGACUAUCACGCCGGUAAUUGUCCUCGAGCGAAAAAGGGGACAGUGUAUAGAUGAAGUUGAGGAUGGAGAGCCUGAGACUGCCUAA